AUGUUCAUUCCCUUCUUGACACCCGAGGAAAACCGACCGGAAAGGAGGACGGCGCUAGUGUCUCUUGAACUGGCGUUCUGCAAGGUGGACGUCGCUGCACUCAGCAAGACCCGGUUCUCCGAACAAGGCCAACUGGAGGAGGUGGGUGCCGGCUAUGCCCUCUUCUGGAGCGGACGCCCCAAGUCAGAGCGACGGGACGCAGGCGUCGCCUUUGCCAUCCGAAACGACAUUAUGGAAAGCCUGCCAUGUCUGCCGCAGAGCAUUAACGAUCGCCUAAUGAGCUCCCAGAUGCUCCUUCAGGGAAGCAAAUUUAGAUAAAUGAAUAAAUGGAUGAUUUUAUUAAAAGACCCUUGGGGGUCUCGCCACCAUUAUCAGCGUCUACGCCCACCACAUGACCAGACCAAAUUCUACGAGGACCUACAUGCACUCCUGGCGACUGUGCCGAAGGCGGAUAAGUUAAUUUUUCCUGGUGAAUUCAACGUCCGCGUUAGCACGGAUCAUGAUGCCUGGGGAGGAGGGCUGGGACCUCAUGGUUUCAAAGGCUCCAAUCACAAUGGCCCGCUCCUCCUGCGCACCUGCGCAAAACAACGGCUCCUCCUGACGAGCACCUACCUCCGCCUCCCGAUGCACCCUCGGUCGUGUCGGUGGCACCUACUGGAAGAUUUCCUCGCCCGGAGGCGAGACCAGAGGGGCAUUCUGGUAACAAAGGCGAUCCGGAUGUUGAUGGUUGGACCGAUCAUCGUCUUGUCUUCUCGAAGGUGUGGAUUUACCUACAGCCUCGUCGAAGACCCCAAGGUAAGCGACCCCCAGGUAAGCUAAAUACUGCUUUGUUGUCCUUACCUGCUCACAAUCUCAAUUUCAGCAACGAGCAAGCUCAAUGGUUAGACAACCUUCUAGCCGCUGCUGCCUCUGACGAGAACGUCCCCGUUGAGAAACGAUGGUGUCUACUGCGGGAUGCAUUCCAGGCGACAGUUCAAGCCGUCCUCGAUCGCGUACAUCGCCAGUACGAGGACUGGUUUGAUGACGACUCCGCCGUCAGUAACCUGCUCGCUGAGAAGAACCGUCUGAACAAGCCCUACGUCGACCGCCCAACCGACGACAACAAAGCAGCAUUCUACCGUAGCCGCCCCCCUGUGCAACAGCGACAGCGCGAGAUUCAGGACGCCUGGGCGGCUCGCAAUGCCCAGGAGAUUCAAUGGUACGCGGACCGCAUCGAAUGGAAGAUUUUUUAUCCUCCAUGA